AUGGUUCGCAACAUCGCCGAAGCCUCGGUUGAAGAAGUCUCGAGUCAUGAGAAGCCGUAUUCUCCGUACUUUCCCAUGGAGUUGAAAGGCUACAGGCAUUGGUUCGAUCCAUAUACGUCAUGGAAAUGGGAAUCUCCUACCGCUUACCGUAAACCUGGCCUGGGAUAUCAGAAACUCGCAAAACAUCGUCACCUAGACGUCUUCGAGCGUGAGUGGGUCGGUGAUUACGACGAUCGUUAUAUCUCAUCGUGGGAUGGCAAGGUCUCCAAGUUAGUAGUGCAAGCCGUCGAUGAUAUCUAUGAUAAUCAUGUCACAUCUACAUACCGUCGCACGUUCAUUCGAAAUAUUGCCCCACUAUACCUAAGGCUGGCCAAUUGGCCCUUCAAUCACGUGGAUCCCAACAAGAAUGAUGGGAAGCCUACGAGUGAAGACAUGCCAAUGCUAUGUCUCAAAUGGUUCAUCACUUCUCUCGCAAUCACGUUUGUGAUAUCCACUCCAAGUCCAGCUACGCUCCCACCUCGUAAUGGCGGCUGCUAUGAUCCAGUACCCUAUCGCUACUACGGUUAUCCCAAAGUGGCGCGCAACACCAUGGAGUUAGAUAGCCCAAGAGGUCACAGCACUGCUAAUCCGGUCGCUGAACGUAUCUUACGUCCUCGCUACCUGUGUUUCCUACGGGAGCAGGGCGAACCAGCUUUGAUCAUGAAUGUCGAAGAGUGGAUCACUCAAUACAAGGCUGAGCGCAACUUGUCGUAUGUAUUCAUAGCAUAUACAGCAGAGCAGUUUCAGAGCAGUGAUGACUUCAUGACGCUGCAUCAGAUGGCUGAUGCGGCUGCUCGCAACGCUGGAGUAAUGGCGUACUGGGUUGGCUGUUCUUGUAUGCCAGAGCCUGAUCAACUCCAGGAAGACGUCUAUCGAAUUUGCGACGUGAUACGGGGUGCGCAGUCUUUAGCCAUUGUUGUCGGACGACCACCAGAUGACAGACGAGGCAUCAGCACCGCAGACCUUAUGUUACAACAAUGGGGUAGACGAAUUUGGACGUUUCCAGAAGUUUUGCUGGCUCCUGCUGGUAAAGAUAUCAAGGUCUAUGUGCGUGGCAGUGACCUCGCACAGCCGCUGCAUGUUCCGAAGAAUCAGUUUGCAGCGAAGGUGUGGAAGGAAGAUGCUCAUAUCGCUCGCCAGCUCAUCGAUCACUACGAGGGUAACCUUAUCUUAAGUCAGCUUGAGCUGGUCACCCUUGCUCUGGAAUGUCUCCACAAACGAGAUACUCAUCAGUACCUCCGCGGUGAUCAUAGCUAUGCACUUAUGGGCCUCGUUCGGAUUCGACCCAAGAUCGACCCCACAGAUACUGCGUUCCAGGCUUUUGCACGUCUCUCCCUGGCGAACGGAAGCGAACAACUCCUCGAACGUCUAGUCUGUGUGCUUCCAAAAACCCCCAACCAACCUUGGCACUCUAUGAACGACGCUUACGGAGCCAAACUGUGGGACAUCCUGCCUCAAGACGUUGGCAUCGCAGGCGUCGGUACUGAUGACAGCAUUAUUCUCGACGGCUGUCGCGCGGCCAAUGUACGCUGGAAAUCCUUCACACCUGUAGCAAACACCCGUCGCCCAUCUUGGAAACGCGCCAUUGCAGAAACAAUGCUUCGACUCGGCAGUUUUGUGCUGCUAAUCGGUAUUAUUCUUGCUGCCCUACCUACAGGCUUUGGUGCACCAGGCCUUUCGGUCGUUCAGCUGAUUGGUGUCGUCAUCAUUAUCUAUUCAAUAAUCCUCAUGCUCCUAUCACCCUGGCUACUUCGUAUGCUCUACCUCGGCAAGUUCUGGGACCAGCAGUGCUGGUUAUUCGGCUUUGAGGGUUACAUGCCUCUCGAAACGAUUGAGACACAAAUCUUCGGGGGUAAGCUGAACAGGCUAAGGUGGACGCCGUUCGCCAGUCCACUGUCGAGGCACCAUCGGAAUGAACAUAAUGAGUGUGUGGCCGAUGAUCCGACGACAGAUCCUGAAGUGAAGGCGCUGGUGGAGAAGUGCAAACAUGCUGGGCCAGGAGAGCAGAGGUUGUUCACACUUGUUGAUACCGGUAACAUGACUGCUACACUCUUCCUUGCCGCACGUCCACCAACCUGCUUCCUGAUGGCGGGAUCCGAGGGCGGCAUGAAGCGUAUCAUCGGCUGCUCGUACGACUGGACGACCGCGACCAUGUAUCGUGAGACCGUGCUGCGUAUGGAGACUAGGUUCGAAGAUAUGAUGCUCCGUGUUGGACGCGUCAAGAUCGGCUUCAAGCGCGAGCAGCAUCCGGUAGCUCCCCUUUCCCAUGUAGGUGAAGCAACAGGUACGAGAAUGGAGUGA